CGCUGGGCGCGCGGCGCGGUGAGUGGCAGCCGGGGCGCCCCGAGCGCUGAGCGGCGGCACCGCGACCGCCCCCGCGCCGCCUCCUCCCGCCGCGCCCGGGCGGGCACUUGUUGCAUUGCGAGAGGGCUUCGCCGGCGAGCGGACUUCUCAUCCCGUCCUGCCCGAGGUACCGCAGCGGGAAGCGCAACUGGUGGCUGCGGCGCGGCAGCCGCCCGCCCGGUCCGGCGGAGCGCCUCAUCUGUUUAAAUUGUGAUGUCUUUGAGGCAGGAACAGUACACAUUGUGCAAAUGCACAGGAGGUGAAAGGGUCCAAGCUAUCCUGUCCUGUCUGCUGCCUUCUGCUAACUCUCUUGUGUGGCAUCACUGAAGGGGCCAGCUGUUAACUGCUGUGGGAGAUCAAGAGCUCCUUCCAAUUGCAUCAUCUGUGUCAUCUGCAAAACCCUCAGUUACAGUCCUGUUUGCUGGCUGCAGAGAGGCCACCUUGUCAACUGGGAUCACAUCGAGUGCUCAGAGCUCCCAUUCCUCCAGCAGAACUGAAGAGGUGCAGCAUGGCUCACAACUGCCUGCAGUGUAUCAAGUACCUAAUGUUUGUUUUCAACCUUCUCUUCUGGUUGGGAGGCUGUGGAAUCCUUGGCGUAGGCAUCUGGCUGGCUGUUACCCAAGGGAACUUUGCCACCCUCUCCUCCUCUUUCCCGUCCCUGUCAGCUGCCAACCUGCUGAUCGUCACAGGGACAUUUGUCAUGAUCAUUGGCUUCGUGGGCUGUAUAGGUGCCAUCAAAGAAAACAAGUGCCUCCUGCUGAGUUUUUUUAUCAUGCUGUUAAUUAUAUUUCUGUUGGAGCUCACUGUUGUGAUUCUCUUCUUCGUCUACACCGACAAGAUUGACAAGUAUGCUCAGCGGGAUCUGAAGAAAGGACUUCACUUGUAUGGGACAGAUGGAAAUAUUGGCCUCACUAAUGCCUGGAGCAUCAUUCAAACAGAUUUCAGAUGCUGUGGAGUCUCCAACUACACGGACUGGUUUGAAGUGUACAACACAACCCGGGUGCCAGACUCCUGCUGCUUAGAAUUCAGUGAGAAUUGUGGGCUCCAUUCCCCAGGGACCUGGUGGAAAGCGCCUUGCUAUGAAACUGUGAAAAUAUGGCUCCAGGAAAACCUACUGGCAGUGGGAAUCUUUGGAUUGUGCACAGCUAUGGUGCAGAUUCUCGGACUCACCUUUGCAAUGACCAUGUAUUGUCAGGUAGUCAAGGCAGACACCUACUGUGCAUAGAUACCAUUCCCAAUCUUUCUGCUUCUCCUCCAAAGGACACAGGAGAAAUCUCCUUCAUGCUCAUUCAUCUGACCUUUUUUCCCCCCCCUUUGUACUAUAAACUGUGUAUAAUGCUAUCUUUCUGAAGAUUUUGUGAAUCACCCCACUUUACUGAAGGAGGAAGAAAAGAAAAAGUCAGUACUUUGAACUGGCACAGGUAAGAAGCAGCCUUGUCUUUAAGCAGAGGAAAACCAGAAAAGCAAUGGUUCCUUUUCCAUGGUCUGUGGCAAGGCAAGAGAGGCUGCUUACGAGGUGCUGACUGCAAAUCCAUUUAGAAAAAGAUGGCACUGAGGCAACCUCUGCAAAAGCUGCCAGGCUGCCUUCCCACAUUUCCCAGUCUGGAAGCAAGGACAUAGAAAAUAAGUGUUCUUCAGCAAGAAGGUACAGAGUAGCUAGCACUGAAUGAAAUUGUAAUUUUUCUACAGUUUGCACACAGUUAAAAUGUCAAGAUCAAGCAGCCCUGCCUCCAAGUGUCUCAAGAUGAUUGUGUAGCCAGGAGAGGAUCAUCUUCAGAAAUACAUUGUUUGAGAGGAGUAUUUUUAAUCUUACGUGCCGCACAGUCAGGCUUUUAAUGGGAAUCUGUACAGCGAGAUCCUGGCUGGUAAUGGAAAACAUUAUUGGACAUUGCCUCAUUUCCUAAUUGCCAGUGGCAUAUAGAUGGUUGACUGCCUAUGUUAUAUAUAUUACAUUCAUAAAUACAUACUUUUCUGAAAGGAGGUGAAAAUACCCAGCAUCUAACCUCAGAAAGAGGAAACCUUUCUAUCCUAUUUUACAUUCCAACUGAAAAAAACAAGUAUUAUUUCUUGUACAAGGCACUAUCACUUAUACCUCUGAGAAACAAGUAAUUACUUUCAGCUGUAUCUUCAUUUCAGUAAACAACUUGUGAGUGGGCUCUCUCUGUCAGUCUACUAUGGUUUUAUUUUUUAUCAUCCCUGCUUCAAGUAAGUCUGCCAAAAAAUAUCACUCAUUUCCACACUUGAAGAUGUGUACAAAGCUGUCAGCUGUUCCUUCCCUGAAUGUCACCAUUUCAUUAAUUUACUUUGGGAUAAUAUCAUCUGCAGGUAUGAUAGAGUUUGCCUUGCUGAGGAAAAAUCUUUCUCACAUUGCUCAUUUUUCUGAGAGUUAUUAAGACUUCAGAUGCUUUUAUGCUUAGCUUUUUUUUCCCUCCCAGCUGCACACUGACAACAGCCAAGACACAGUCUCUGUUAGAACUGGAGUCACUUCUCAGUGCUCUUUUUCAGAUGCAUUUUCCUCUACCUAGCUGCUGGCUAAAAUAUAAUCCACACUUUCUACAAUAUCAUGGAAUCACACAGGUAUGCAGAAAUCUGACCAAAACUUUCUUUAACUGGGGAACAGCCACUCACUGGUAACUGAAGUAAUAGAUGUAAUACCCUCCUAUGCACAUCUUCUGAUGGUGAGGUUAAAAAUCAGAUGUGUCCUAUUGUUCAAACAAGUAAUUCACUGCCAGCAAACAGCUCCAGGUAGUGCAGGUGUGCCAAGAAGAAACUGAAGCACCCCCAGGGAAAGGACAAAGCCGGGAACAGGCAAACAGAGCAAUGCAGAUGGCCUGCUCCCUUCAGCCAGCAUUUGAGGAGCUGUCAGCCACUGUCAGAGCAGAGAGCUGACCAUGGAGCUGUGUUAUCCCAGGAAACUGAGUGCAGCCAUUCCUGCAGACCGGCACCAUGCAACAAGCUCAUAGAGAAAGUUACCCUGCUUACAACAGCAGGUCUCAGCUCUGAGUGACAUCUUGCGUGCUUUGAUUUAAAGGCAAUUUCCAGCACAAAGCUGGACUUGCCAACCCACAGCCUAUUGAACAAUCUCCUUUACACCCAUAACUAAACCUUUUCUGGACCUGUGUUAUUUGACAGAUUCACCCUCACUCCUUAGAUUUGGGGGUUUUUUUAUCUCUUUGCUGAUUUCCUGCAGACUUCUCACUCUCAGGCAUGAGCUACUCCAUAUUUGCUGGGAAAUUGUUUAGGACAGUCUGAUGUUUAAAAGAGCAAUUAUCUUCCAAAAUUUUACCCCUUUGGGGCCUUUAGCUGUGCAGGCUAAGGUACAAGUAAUGUAUUACUUGUGUGCUUCCCAAUCACUAUUCACAGCAACCUCCACACCACUAAACGAUUUUACUGUCAUGCAAACAAGCCCAAACAAACCCAAGCUGAGCAAGUAGCCCACACACACAUGCCCUAUACUCCAAGCAAGAGGCUCAUUCAUCAUGUUGCAAUCACCAGUCUCCAUGCUCUCUGCUUCUUGAGCCCAGGCUGACCUGCAGACUGUCCUGCUCUGCAAAAGAUGGUGUAAGUUUGUUUCUUCCCUCUCCUACUAUGUUCUAACCUGCACAGACACAAUUCCAGGUUAGCUGUACCAUUAGUUCUGGCCUUAGUUUAUAGUCUGUACACAGGGGUGCUCCUGCUGACAACUCCGAGUUUCUACCACUGAAAAGCAGCAUGACAGAGUGAUGAAUACAUUCAUAAAACAUUGAUUUUUUUUUUUUUUUUGAGACAGAUAAAAGGUAGACAAGUCUAUUUGUAGCAAUCCCUGCCAUUAAAAAUUAACACAGAGACAGCAGGCUGAUGGUGUUCAGUUGAUGGGAGCAAACCAUUGUGCAGAACUCCCACAGAGAGCAACUCUCAUCAAUUUGCUUGAUGGUGGUGUAGGGAAAAGAGAGAUCACAAACCCUUCUCCUGUGAGUCUCACAGUAAUAUGUGCUGAGCUCUUAGAGAACACUUCUAGACUUCAGCUAAAGCUUCAGUGGAAACAAAAUAUGAGAAGCAGACUGGAGACAAGACACAUUUUGUGGUUUUCUCUAAUCAUUUUCCACAGUUUAGAUGUCUUUACAAGAUAAACUGCCUUGGUUUUCAAAAACAAGUACCUAAAGGGAGUAUAAGCAACAUUCACUUUGUAAAUCCCAGUCACUGCAACAAAAACAUACAGUUAGGGGAAAAAACAGAACAAAAACCACAAACAAACGAAAAAAUCCCAAGCAGACAAACAAACAACAACAACAACAAUUUUUAAAAAACAAACAAACAAAAAACCCCAAAACAACCAAACAAAAAAAAAAACCAAUCACAUAUUGCUGCUAAAAACACUUUUUAAAAUACUAUCCUUCCAUUACCUACUGAGAUGCUACUGCAACUUGUUGAUAAUUUGAACUGGACUAUUUUGCAUAUUUAGUGUUACUAACUCUCUCCACACAGACCAAACAGCUGUUAUGGUGCUUACAGCAUUACCAGCACAAUCUGAUUUCAUACCUCUGAACACACUGCACAUAACAAGCCUCAGACUUACCAUAUUUUUUAAGAGCACUGCAUCCUUUCUCUGCUGAAAAGGUGAGAAUAUUUUGCAAUGUGUAACAGCAACAAUAUUUUAAAAAAACCAAACAAAAAAGCCAAAAAAAAGGACAGUACCAUUUUACACAUAAAACUUCACGUUACACUGGUUGAUUAUAUAUAAGUAACCUGUAGUACAUAAAAUAUCCAUUUGAAAGGCUGCUGAUAUUGAAUGCAGGCAGAGCAACAGAGAAGUCAUUCCAAUUGCUUCUAUUAGUGUCUUGUCACUUUUAGUAAAGUCUUUUAUAUUAUUGUGACUUCUUAUCUUUAAACAUGAAGGAGGACUCAAUACAUUUAAAUUAAAGACAGAACCAAAGGCAAUAAAGGAGCACUCCUAAUUUAUUCUCAUGGCUGUUUCUGCUUAAUAACAAGAUAUGAAGGCACAGGGCAUAUUUCAGCAUAUAUGGCAUAAUUCAGCAGCAUCAGGAUUUGGCUCUUUAGAUUCAGUCUAAUAUACUUUUGGCUGUUCAUCUUCACAAUUACUAGGAAAAAAAACACCAAAAAAACCCAACCCCAAACAAUAUAUUUAAUAGAAUAUGGUUUAUUUUCCUGUACUGUCGCUAGCAGCUAAAUCUUAUUACUUGUACAACAUAAUUACUGUUCUAUGAAUAGUUCUUUGGUCUCACCCCUCAAAUCAAACAAACUCAUAAAGGUUUAAUCUUUGAUCAAUAAUUAGCAUUUAAAUUCAGCAUUGUAGGAUUUAUAAUAUGGAGAGGAAGGAAGUGCACAGAAGCUGUAAAAAUACUCUGUCUUGCAUCAGCAAUAGGGCUGCUAAGGGAAUCCACCCAAACCCUCACUUCUCACAAACCAAUACGAACUGGUCACACUGAGCACAUGUGACUGGGCUGCCUCUUACACCUUCCCAGGGCAGGACAGGAGGUUGUCAGCAUGGACAAAGUCCCAGCCUUUCAUUUACCCCUUGGCUUCAGUGUUGUGCUAUAAAUGUGGCACCAGAGGUAAGCAACAGAAACCAGCAGUUGAUCAUGGCAUUUAUUUUAAACCCAGACUCUCUAUUUAACUCUAAUUUAUCUGCAGGAUUUUGCUAAGUGUAACUGAUCUGCAUAGAUACUGAGUUUGACACUUAGAAAACACGGUGGGACUUGCCAUGGGAAAUCUUGUUUGGAUUCCAUUGUGAAUUCUCCUCCCUUGUCACUGGUAUCUUACCCACAGUGGGCAGGUCUCCUCUGUUCUUUGGAUUUGGUUGCUGCAAUUCCAAUGGUACAUUUUUGUGCAUUCAUAUAAAGAACAAAAUUUAAAAUAUACAUUUUAUUUUUAAAAAGUUAUUAAAUAUUCUUUAAAGUUUACAACAGAAUGUCUUUUGUUUUCUUUAUAAGCAACUACACUACAAGCUAAACAGUGAUUCUGUACAGACCCAAAGGUAUGUGUGUGUGCAAGUGCACACACACACACAUAUUGUAUGCAAUUUAACAAAACCCUACAGUGUUCUACUCCUUUCUCAUUUCUCAUUACCUUUGAUUUGACCUAUCCUUCCUUACAAAUUUGUGUUUAUUAAUAUUAUUAUUAUUUAAGUGGCUUGCCUAUUCCCAAGUAAAUUUACGCCUUUCUUUCCUCUUAAGGGCAGGCAACCUGAAAUUAUGUGGUAGUCAAUAACAAUUCAGAAACUACUGGGAGACCAGGUUUAGUGUUAAAAAAAUACUCAGACCCAAGCACAAAUUAUUUUGUGUUCACAACUUGUCUGUUACUGAUAGCUUGAAAUAAAGGGACUUCUCUUUUUCUGAGGUAGCUGCUUACAUUCAGAAAUUACAUAGAAAAACUUGAAAAAUUAACACCAGAAUGUUUUUAAUUUGAACAACUAGGAACUUGUACUGUGUCAGAUGAGAAGAAUGUCUGGUUAGCCAGGUAUGUUAUCUGCAGUCAUGUCUAACACUGCCUUUUUUAUACAAUUUGUUGUACCCUACAGGUCAAACAGCUUCACAAGUGAAAUUGUCUCUAAACUGUGCAUUCUGAACAAUGACAGGUGUACUGUUGAAAUUGUAAUGGGAGAAGCAGAGACCCAGAGGUUUUAGAGGUUGUUGCAGGAAGCAUCAUAAGGGAUAAUCCACACCUUUAGUGGAAGUUUCUUACAGCUCCCUCAGUUUAGGAGAGAUAUUUACAUUACUUGAAUUGUCUUCAUCCCAUUAAGCAGACCACUAGAUGGUCUCAUCAGCCACAUCUAUUUUUAAUCCCUUUCUGACUUUGUGAAACUUUACACUUUAGUCUUGCAAUAUAGCAGUGAAUUUCACAAUUUCUUCAUGUUGCAUUUAAAAGAAUCCUUCUUAUAUGGAUUGCAACAUGUUGCCUUUCUAUUUCAUUUACUCAUCAUUGGUUCUAUACUUUAGGAACAAUAACUUAAUGAUGCUUACAGAAAUAUGUGGCUCACAGCAGCAAUAUUACCUUUACAGCUUAAUUUGCCUUUCCACUAGAGCUUAACCCUGGGUAAUUGAGUAUUCUAUUGAUUUUCAAGAUCCCAUUGUUUCAAACAACUAAGCCCAGUAUACCUUCUUCCCCCAGUAGCUAGCCCAGUUGUCUUUGCUUUUGUACUACACGUUGGCAUAGACAGAGCUGUUCCUACUUUAAUCAUCAACUAGAUGAAUAUUUCACCCCAUAUACUGCUGUUUUUCCAAAGUACACUUAACACAACCUGGAAAUAUCAGGCCUAGCUGAUUAUUCUGGCUGUGUAAAACAAAGUACUUUCUAUUUGCAUGGCAAUAAUUUUCAAAGAAAUUUAAGGGCAGCUUAUGAAGCUUCAUUCAAAGUUUUGUCUUGACACAUCAAAAGUGCAAAACUCAGAGUCCUAUGUUUCUUAUCUUACCAUGCUGAAAACCUCAAACAAAUAAGAAAUCUGACAUUAAUACGACAUGAUAUAAUAUGGCAAAUGCCAUUUGAAAGGCUGGUUUUUUCUGAAGACCCAUUAGUUGCCUAUGGUAGGUCACUAUACCCUAGGCUUUGCUUCCUUGUCUCUCCCUGUAAUAAACUGUUUCUCCAUGGAAAUACUGUGGGUUCACUAGAAAUCCUGAGUUUGCUGACCUGCAAGAAUAGCUCUGUUUACAUUCUCCUCCAAAAGCCAGAAAACUUUCACUACUAAAUCUACACCAGUGCAUGUUAGACAGCCAAACAGAAGUUCUGUGUCUUAGGAUGAGGGUUUUUAAUGAAGAAAUAGCUGAUCAGUUGAACCUACUCCUUAAACAAAUCCCUGGUAUCUUUAAUGCAGAAAUCAUUUAGGCAGAGCAGAAUAUUUUGUUACUACAGAAUUGCUUAACAGAGACUUCCCUUGCAAUUAAAGAAUAAUUUGAAAGGAUGGGAUAAUUAUACACUGUAAACUUCCUCUUAUAUUCCCAUGGUACUGCUAUUACAAAGUACAGUUCAAAUCACAGGCAACAAAAUAAAUUGUAAUUGUAUAUAGUUAAAUACACAGAAAACAAAAAUCUGUAGAAAGCAAAGUACAGCAUGAAAAAUUCUAAACUGUUAAUGUAUAUUGCU